AGCCUUCAAACAAUUAGAGCAUAUAACUUGGUUGUGGCAAAUUGUGAAGCAUGAGGACCUUACUUGCAGUACUCUUGUUUUUCUUCAUGAUGACGGUGACCAUGCUGCAUGUUGGUGCAGUCAUCGUGGAGCAUGAGCCAAAAACAAAGACAAAGCGCAAUCUACUGAGCGAAACUUCUCUUGGACGAAAGGGCAUGGGAACCGAGACAAAUAACCAACAAACCAUGAAGGUUUCUGCAAGUAAUGCAAAUACCAACACUGCUGAUUCUGUCAGCAAUAGCAAAGCGAAAAAGAACGACGACAACAAUGGUGGCGACAACGACAAAAAUGAUAGCUCUCAGAACUACGGUUCAGGACCUGUCCUUAACAGCCACCACUAUUUCCAUAUUCGCACUCCACCCAUUCACGGCUAGCUCUAUAUAUCUUGUCGGAGACGAAAAAGCUUCAUAAAUAUAUAUAUAUAUAUGCAUGGUGUUGCAUGUAUUUAGCACACCGGUUAAAUAAAGUGCAACUAGCAUGUGUCUAUAUAUGUGUGUAAGUGUGCAUGUUAGUUUCACUAAUAACAUAUAUAAAGCUAUCAGUCUCUCCUCAUGUGGUUUUUUUUACUAUGUGUAAGUAUGUGUGCCUUGUUACUAGGGCAAAUGCAUGUAUGCAUGUUUUUCUGUUUUUGGCU